UUUAAGUUGUAUUUUGCCUAAAUUUGUUGAAAUUUCUCAUUGACUGUUAUUAUAUAUACACAAUAAUGAGAGUAUUUUAUCUAAUUAUGAAUUGACACGCAGAGAAAAUGAAGUGUAUCAUUCCAGGAAAUAACAUAAGAGUUUUUGGAAGAGGCAUUCAUUCUUUAUCAAAGAUUGGAGAAGAGCUCUACAUUGAACCUUUGGAGCAUGGUCUUGCACUGAGAACAGUAAAUUCUUCAAGGUCAGCAUAUGCUUGUUUUCUGUUUGCUCCAAGCUUCUUCCAGCACUAUGAUGACGGUUCAGGUGAUAUCUCCUCUCAGGACAGUGAUGAUACACUCCGGUGUAAAAUUGCCAUGAAAUCUAUAAUGACAGUGUUUCGAUCGUUGUCCUCUUUGGAAAAGUCUGUAGAAAGAUGUAAAAUUCGACUGAAUAUGAAAGAUUCUAGACUGGUGUUUCAACUGCACUGCAGGCAUGGGAUAGUGAAGACACACAACCUGGCAUUUAUUGAGUGCGAGACACUGCAGGCUGUGUUCUCCAGGGAUAUGUGUCCUAAUGCUUUAACGGCCUCAUCAAAGUUACUGUGUGAUGCUGUGAUGAAUUUUCAAAAUAGCCAAGAGGAGGUAACUCUGAUUGUGAACCCACAGAAAAUUGUCCUCAAAAACUAUGUAGAGGAUGAGCCAGAUCCCACCAAAGUGAUGCACACUAACUUGAGCCUGGAACCAGAUGAAUUUGAUGACUGUCAGAUAGGUGUUGAUACUGAAGUCACUUUCUGCCUUAAAGAGUUAAGGGCAAUUCUUGCCUUUUCAGAAGCAACAACUCUUCCACUGACACUUCAGUUUGAAACUGCUGGAAGACCAAUAGUGUUUACGAUAGAUAGUGACAGUACAUUUGAGGGUAACUUUGUACUUGCAACACUGGCAGAUCAGCAAACACAGAGUCAGGCUCCAACACAGGCCAGAUUUUCCAGUACACAGAAAAGAACACAGUCAAGAACAUCAAAGGCAGUGCCACAGAGGCCAAGGUCAUUCUCCAUUUCCAAAAGUAAACCUGGUAAUAACGGAGACAGUCUGCAAUCUGUUAGAAAGUCUGGAAGUAGCAAUGACUUAGAAAGGUCUCAGAGACUGGAAUCAGCUUACGAUGAAUUGAUGAAUGAUGAUGAUGACUUUGAUGAAAUGAUGAUACAAAAUGACACGACUAUAGCAGUGCAAAAUAAUGCGAGAACUACUCCUUCUGAACGCUUAAAUAAAUCUGAAAGUGUCAGUCGUGUGAAUUCUGUAAAAACAGUUAAUGCAAGGGGAGAUAACAGUGUAAAAACUGUAAGGAGUAAUUCCCCAGUGGCAGGAUGUUCCAAAUCAAGUGAGGAAAGUCCUGUUAUACCAGUUCUUGGAUCCAAAGUUAAGAUCGCUGAUACAUCGGUCACAGAUGUAGCAAUGGAAGAUGAUGUAAACCAAGAUGAAGAUGAUGAUGAGGUGGUUCCUGGAACACCCCCUGCUAAACGAUUUCGGUCAUUAUUUUUUGGGAGUUCCCAGGCAAGUCAAACACAAACACAGUCAAAAUCUACAGAUCUAUCAACAUCUCGAGUGCUUGCCCAGGAUUCUGAUGAAGAUUAGAGAAAGAGAAAUUAAUGAAUUUAACUACAAGUAUUCUUUAUGCUAGAAGAUUGUUCAUGUUUCCAUUGGUCAAUGGAAACCAAAUUUUAAAAAUGGAAUACAUUUUGAUAUAAUUGAUGUAAUAUAUGUUAAAGUCAGUUAAUAUUAGUGAAAUUGCAGAAGAAUCUCUGUUCGUUUAACCUUGUCUUUUACCAACUGUGUCAUAAAUUCUUAAGAGUAUCAAAGGUAUUUAUUGUAUGGUAUAGUCUUUCUAUAAAUGAGGUCAGUUUAAUUUAAAUUUACAGUUUUAUAUUCAAGUAACCUCUGAUAUAAAGGGAAGAAUAUGAAACUGUUUACAGAGUCAAUUGCUAUAUAAUUGUUAAACACAAAAUAUUACCUACUGUUAGAUCCACUAAAUUCAUAACGGGGAUUAUUAUGGCUUUACUUUGCAAGAUCCAGAUAGAAACUGUUUAUCUUUCUAAAGGUCUGCAAGUCUUGUAGUAGGAUCUUUUUGAAUUUUUAGAAUAUCUUUAAUGUAAAUUUUAUCAUCAAAAAGUAUUUUACCCAAUAAGGAUGCCCUUGGCUAAAGGGUUAAGAUCAUUUACUUAGAUCACUUGUCCCUCACUGUGGCAUGCAGAAUGUAGAAUUCGUCAUCCAGCUGGUUCUACCAAGAUGCCUGCUUGUGCCUGAUACAAUGUCAAGGUGGGCACCUGGGGUCUUCCUCCUCCAUGAAAAGCAGGGAAAAGUUACUUAAUGACCUAUAAUUAUGUCAGUGUGACAUAACCAAACAACAGACAUAAACAACCUUCCCUGUUUAAUAAUCUGGUAAUAUCACAAUUCGGAAAAAAGAAAACAAAGAGCUGCCAGAGGUCAGCAGGAUUUGACUAUUCAAAAGACUUGUCUAUAAAAUAAAUACCAAAGUAAAAAAGGGGCAUAACUUUGUUAAAAAAGCAAAACAGAGUUAUGGGACUAGAGUAUUGCAUGUAAUGUCUUCAUAGUGAACAAGUGUUUGAAGUUUGAGUCCAUUCCCACAAGUGGGUACUGAGGUAUCGGAUUACAUACCAUAAACUUGAACCGAAAAUUUUAAUUUGUAAAAUGUAGAGUUACGGUAUGGCUUAUAUGUGUUGCGUAUCGGGUCAUCACAGUUAACAAAUGUGUAAGGUUUUAAUCCAUACUGAAAUCAGCUUACAUACAAAAAACUUUUUAAAAAAUAAAGAGUGGGGGGCGGGGGUGAGUAUAACUUUAAAAUUUUAAAAAGAGUUAUGAAACAUCAUGUCACAGUGAACAAGUGUGCAGAGUUUAAAUCCAUUUCCACCAGUGUUUCCUGAUAUACCAGCAUACAAAACAACAACAAAAUCAGGAUGCCAACACUGACAAAUGGGAGAGUGCAAUAGCUUCACAUGUUCUUAAAAUAGCCAAGCUUGAACUGAAAUUUUAUCAUUUCUUACAUGUAAAUCUUAGUUACAUAACAGUCAGUUCACAGUUGUAGUCAAGGUUGAAUUUUGAAAAAUACAUCCAUCAAUGUCUUCUUUUGAUGAUGUGUUUAAAACUAUUCAAGAUAAAUUGGAAAUUUUAAACAAGUUCCUAUUACCACUUUCGGACUUAUAAGAGUUCUGGUUUUAUUGAUAUGAUAAUUUGUAUAUAUCUCGAAUGUUUUUCGUUAGGAAAAAUGAGUUGUGGCCAAGUAUUUACUUUAUAUGUAAAAAUGUAUAAGGGAAAAAUGGUACAUUUGUAAACACUUAUUUCAUAUUUUUGAUUAAAUAUGUUUUGACAGCUGAAAAUAUCAUAAAUUAUUAUGUUAAGUGAAUUUUAAAAAUUAGUUGUAUUUGAAAUAUUGUUAUUUAUUAUUUGUGCUACAAAUUACAUGUAAUUGUAAUAAAGAUUUAAAAUGUGUAUCACUU